AUCAGCAUCCUUUAAAAUUUAAAUACAUAGUUCUUUAUUUUUAUAUAAAUUAAAAUAAUACUAGAUUAUUGAUUCACGUUAAUUAUAACUAAAUAAAUAAGUUUUCAUAAUAUUGAUAAGCUUUUUUCAUUUUAUAAUUGAUAAAUAUUACGUUUUCAUUAGUCGAGUGGCCGUCACCAUGGAGAGUGCUUAUUGUAAAAAAAUAUUUUUUAAUUCGUUAGCGUUGUUAAUUCAGUGAAAUGCUUCUUUCUAAAAAUGUUUAUUGUAUUGUAUUGUAUUAGCUAUUUCUAACACAAUAUGAUUUCAUUGUAUUGCUGUUUCUAAAUUGCAAAUUAUUUUUUUACCAUUAUUGUUUUUAUAACAUUUCAGAAUGAAUGGAGGGAUGGAGCAUAAAACCCCAGGUCAUAAUGCAGUGCUUCACAAAGCACCUAAAAACUACAAAUUGCUGAUAGACCCACUUCUUGUUAAAGGAGCUACUAAGUUGUAUAGAUAUGAUGGUUCUGUCCCUGGAGAUCCAUCCUAUCCGCCUGUUCAAUGCAGAGAUCCAAGGUCCCAAUUAUCCAGAAUAUGGAAUAAGAUAGAGCCAGCAGAUUUACCUCUUCCUAGGUUUAGAAUAGACAAAAAUUAUGUAGGAAUUCCACCACAAUUAGAAGUUACAAUUGGGAAUCUAAAUGACAACAUUGAUAAAGCUUUUUUAUCAGAUAUGAUAAACAAGGUUGGACCAUAUGAGGAAUUAACAAUAUUUUAUCAUCCAAUAACAAAUCGACAUUUAGGGUUUGCAAGAGUGGUGUUCCAAGAUGUAAAACAUUCUAAAAUAUGUAUUGAAAAAUAUAAUGGGAAAUCUGUUAUGGGGCAGGUGCUGGAUGUAUUUCUUGAUCCAUUUGGUAAAAAAUGCCAUGAAAUGUUUGAAGGUAGAACGAUGGAUAGGAAACCUCAACCAGCUCCUGCAGUUGUCAAGGUUCCAAUUUUAGUUGAAGAUGCUCGAGCUACUAAACUGGAUCCAGCGCUUAGUAAAAGAUUGGAAGAAACUAAGUUGACAGAAAAGGAGCCCUAUCCUCGCCACAAGGAUGCGGAGCACAACGACACCAACACUCGCUGGUCGGACGAAGAGCGCGAGCACAGGCAUCGGCAUCGACACCGGAGCGAGCGAGGCAAAGAUACUGAGAGGGACAGAGACAGAGAUAGCAAACGUUGCAAGAGGAAAUGUAAGAGAAGGCACAGAGAGCGGUACGCGCGCACGAGCGAAACGAGCGACACGUACGCGACCGCGCACGUCGCUGAGCUGCCGUACACGCCAGCGCAGGUGCCCUACGACCCCUACUACCAGCCCUCGCCCUACAACUAUGGGUACAGCAGCGGCUCGGGCUCGGUGUGGUGGGGCGACUGGAGACAGCCGCCGCACGCCUCGCACCAUCACCCGCACUCGGAGCAGUCGUCGAGCGGGCCGGGCGCGUGGAGCGCGCGCGAGCCGCCGCCAUCGCCGCGCGCGCCGCGCACGCCCGCCGCGCCGCACACGCCCGCGCCCGCCCCGCGCACGCCGCUCCCGCCACACGCGCCGCACACGCCACACACGCCACACACGCCCCUCCCGCCACUGCAACAUACGAACAACGACAAGGAGGUGAAAAGCAAAAGUGAGGAGCCCGCUCCUCCGCUGGAAGCAGCUCCGGUGAAGGAACCAGAGGCAAAGCCGCCUCCGCCCGCCGACGAACCGAAAAAUGUCGACUUGGAUACUAGGAUCGCCAUGCUGCUCAAAGGUGCGAGCGGCGGCGGCGGGUUGGCGCCGCCUUUCCUUGCCCUCGGCAUCUCCUCGGAAGAAGAGGACGACGACCGCUUACCCGCAAAAAUACCAGACUUGGAUAUCCACAACCCACCUUCGGAUGACGAAGGUUCAGGCAGUGAAGACAGGGAGAGUAUAAUAUCCAUCAACCAACCCACAGAAGCAAAUCCAGAGCCGCUGUCCAAUACACCGUCGCCGUACCUCAGUAGAGAGUUCUAUCUCGAAUGCCUCAAGAUGACUAUAGAAAGGAGGGCGAAAGAGGAGGAGCGCCGGAAGUUCCCGCAAAUAGACAAAAUAGGUUCAGAUAUAUCGUCCUCCGAGGACGAGCUGCUGACGUCGGGAGAGCCGCGGCGGUCGCCGCUCGCGCCGCCCGACAAGGACCAGGAUAAUCUGGACGACGACCAGAUGUCGCUAUCGUCGCUGUCGUCGACGGAAGCAAAGAUCGAGGAGCAAGUGCCUGCGGAGGCGUACUACCCGUACCCGCCCGCGCCGCACCCGCACCCGCAUCCGCAUCCGCAUCCGCACCCGCACCCGCACCCGUAUUUCCAGUCAGUCUGGCCCACCUCAGGCUACCCGGCGCCAUACCCUGGAGUGCCGGACAUGUCGCUGGCGUACGGGCCGGCCGGCGGGUUCGCGGCGCCGCCGCUUCUGCCGCACCACUACCCGCCCGCGCAGCCCACCGACAGACAGGAGCACGACAACCCUCACUUCCCCACAAUAAACAGCGUAAUAGAACGCGUCACGACGGAACUGAAGCAGAUCCUUAAGAAAGAUUUCAACAAGAAGAUGAUCGAAAGCACCGCGUUUAAGAACUUUGAAAUGUGGUGGGAUGAACAGAGCAGAAAGACCAGGCAAAGCACCAAGACCCAGAAAGAAGACGUCACUCAGCCACUUCAAGAUAUUUCCAAUAAAAAAGAGGAGAGUGUGGAUUCGAUAAAAUCAAUAAUGGAAUCCCGAGACUUGGGGCUAGAUCUGGGCGGCUACAGCAUGGGCAUAGGUCUGGGUCUGCGCGCGGCUAUACCGAAGAUGCCCAGUUUUCGACGCAAGAGAAAAAUCCCCUCCCCCGUUGUUAUGGACGAGGAUUCUUCUAAGCGUCUCAGUGACCAGGAGGAAAUCGUCCAGAACUCUGACGAAGAAAAAGAACUGCCUUCUAGUCCGAGAAAUAGAACCACGGGAUCGUAUUUAUCGACGGGUAGAAGACGACAGUCCACCAGUUCUUCGAGGUCAUCGUCGUCGUCGUCGUCGCGGUCGUCGUGGUCGGGGUCGGAGUCGGAGCGCAAGGGCCCCGCGCCGCGCAUCUACUCCGACACCGACGACUCCGAGCCCGAACUGGACGCGGCGCAGUUCAAGGUCAUACCGAACAAAGAGAGGCUAAGAAAGGUGUACUCGUCAUCGUCGGACAGCGAAGAAGAGCUAAGAAGAAGAGAAAAAACUCCAAUACCUCCCGUGGAAGCGUCGGACAUGGACGACCGGCUGGGCUCGCCGAUUCUCUCCCCAGAGGAAGAGCCCCGGGAUGUGUUACUUGAUCGUGUGUAUUCCGAUUCAGAAGAGGAAAGAGAGUACCAGGAGAGAAGAAGACGGAACACAGAAUAUAUGGAGCAGAUCGAGCGAGAGUUCCUGGAAGAACAGAGAAAGACGAUGGAGGUGGAUGCUGGACCUCCGCCCGAAAAACCGCCUGACACAAGUUUACCAGAGCCUAAAGAAGAAGAACCUAGAAGUAGUCCCGUCAAAAAUCACUUGAAAUCUCCGGAGAAGAGCAAACCCCAAGAGUUAGAGGAAGGUGAGAUCACGUCAGAAGGGGAACAUGAAGAGAGGCGGAAGGAUGAGAAGGAGCAACCUAAGGAUAGGAAGGAGAGACUCCCGUCGCUCAGUGACACGGAAUCGGCGCCCAGUGUUAACGGUAUAAAGGAAGCGUUGUCGGACUCGUCAUCACCUCACUCGCAGGCGUCGCAAGCGUCGCAGGCGUCGCAGGUGGCGCUCGACCACUCGUACUGCCGCCCGCCGCCGCGCGCGCACGCGCCCAACCAUCUGCAGCAUGACCACGGAUAUACCUGGAUGGCAGAGCCGGAUAUCGAAUCCACGCGCGUUGAACUCGCUGAGAUUAAACAGAAAGAGACUAAGAAACCAUACAAGAGAAAACAUGAAGUCAAAAAGUUGGCGGAGAUACAGAAUAAGUUGUUUGAACCUCGGGAAGACUACAACAAGCUGUACUCUAGCGUGACGUUCAAGCCGCGCGACAUGAUGGCGGAGCUGCAGGUCAUGUACGAGUUCCUGACGCGCGGCAUCGACCGCGAGGACGUGGAGCACCUGCGCCGCGCCUACGACGCGCUGCUGGCCGAGGACGCGCAGGGCUACUGGCUCAACGACACGCACUGGGUCGACCACCCGCCCACCGACCUCACCUACUCGCCGCCCAGGAAGAAGUCCAAGAGGCACACCAACAUCUACGAAGACUUGCAGGGUCACUCGAGCGGGUCGGCGCGCACGGAGGGCUACUACAAGAUGGACGCGCGGCUGAAGGCCAAGUACAAGUACCACCACGGGCGCGCCACCGCGCUGGCCGCCGCGCCGCCCGACGACAAGAAGGCGUCCAAGAUGCAGCUGCUGUCCCGCGAGGCGCGCUCCAACCAGCGCCGUCUGCUCACCGCCUUCGGUUUGGAUACCGACUCGGAUCUUCUCAAAUUCAAUCAACUGAAGUUCAGAAAGAAGCAGCUCAAGUUUGCAAAAUCUGGAAUUCACGAUUGGGGACUCUUUGCUCAGGAGCCCAUAGCAGCGGACGAGAUGGUGAUAGAGUACGUGGGUCAGAUGGUGCGGCCGAUAGUGGCGGACGUGCGGGAGGCGCACUACGAGGCGACGGGCAUCGGCUCCUCGUACCUGUUCCGCAUCGACCUCGACACCAUCAUCGACGCCACCAAGUGCGGCAACCUCGCGCGCUUCAUCAACCACAGCUGCAAUCCCAACUGCUACGCGAAGAUAAUAACGAUAGAGUCGCAGAAGAAGAUCGUGAUAUACUCGAAGCAGCCGAUCGCAGUGGACGAGGAGAUCACGUACGACUACAAGUUCCCUCUCGAGGACGAGAAGAUCCCGUGCCUGUGCGGCGCGCCGCAGUGCCGCGGCUUCCUCAACUGAUGCCUGAUGUACGCUGCUCGUGUCGUCGUGCUGCUUGUGGUUAGAUAUCAUUUUCGUGUUUGUACUCUGAACUUUGAUAUGUUCCAACCCGAUAUAGCGAGAGCAAGCGCCGGUCUAACGUAGUUCGGUCCGGCGAGGUGAGGUCAAAUGAGUUUUGGGUCACGUAACAUUGUUAACAUGAACGGUAAAUCAUAUUUAUGUAAUACUAGCUGAUGCCCGCGUCUUCGUUUGCGUGAAUUUCAGUUAUUAAAAAUCCUGUGAGAAUUCUUUGUUUUGCGGAUGAAAAGUAGCCUAAGUCGGGUAUCUAAAUCUAUACAAAAAAAAAAACACGUCGAUUGAUUUGUGAUUGAAGGACUAUGAAACUCAGCGAUUCUCGCGUAAGAAUCGCAACUUGUCAUCCUUAGGGAUCACUAUCCUAAAUGACUAUGGCCUUUCAUAUGGGAAAAAUUUGCAGUUUUGUAUUGACAUAAACCCAUUGGCUACGACGUGGGCGCAACCAGUAAAUACCUACUAAUAUUAUUUAUAAAUACAAAAAUCUUUCUGUCUGUAUGCUAUCCUUUCACGGUUAAUCGUCCGUACGAAAUUUUAUACAGAGAUAACUUGUAUGCCCGGGACGGUCAUAGGAUACUUUUUAUCCCAGAAAAUCAAAGGGUUUACAUGGGAUUUUUAAAGAUCCGUUUAAAUCAAUUUUGACCGAAUCUGAUACAGAGCUUGCAUUCCGGGGAUGGACAUAAUAUGCUGUUUUUUAUCCCGAAAAAUCGAAAGAAAUCUCACGGGAUUUUGUCAAACCUAUUUUCACGCGGACAUCAUCUAGUAAAAAAAUAAAAUUCACGUUCAUUUUCGUUCGGCAUUCAUGCCUGCUCUCAAAACAAGCCGCCUGGGCUGCCUAAUACAGGCGUUAAACAAAUUUAAUCGAAUUUUGUUUUAACUGUAAAUGGUUUAUUGUAUAUGAUUGUAAUAUAAUUUUCUGAUUUAUAUUUUAAAUUUACUAAGCCCAAUAUCAAGAUGGGAAUAUGACGAUUUAAAAUAUAAAAAUAAUAUAAAAGACAAUAUUGUGUAUUGAAUCAAAUUGUGCAAAAUAUCAUAAUAAUACAAAUGGUUUUUUUUUUUAUUGAGGUGUCUUAUUUUCUCUCUUAAAUGAUUUCAUAUUUUUCAAUCCAAAAUAGGUAUUCUGUUGAAUUUUAAUUAAAAAAUUAAAAAAUUAAAUUAAAUCAUUAGAGCAAAUAUUUCUUUUUAUCUUUAUGUGCGCCAUUAACAGAAGUCGUGAUAUUUUGUGAUGGAAUUGUCACUUUGUUCGCAAUCUCAACUUAUUGUAGCAGGCUAUGUGUUGUGUUUGUAAUAUAUAUAUAAAUCAUGAAACUCAAAUUUCAUGAAUUAAUAGUGAUUUAAAUUUGACUAGUACGCGAGUUACUUUGCCGAUGGUAUUCUAAUUGAAAUGCAUAGUACCUACUUAGCGCCAACAAACACUGCAAAGAAAGCGCAAGGACUGGCUAUGAGCCUGGUAAUACAACUGCCUCUACUUUUGAUAAUAUACAUAAUGUAAAAAAUUGACGUUUUUGUGUGGUUGUGGUGUGUGAUAUAUGUAUCUCUUAUGUUGUUUUUAUAACAAACCUAUGAUCAUUAAUGUACAAGAAAUGCUGGUCUAAUGUUCGUGAAAAAAUGAUGCUUACUCUCGAUUGUGCACCUAUGGCUAGUUCGCUAGUACGAGUAGGUAAGCAAGCCACAAUCUUACGAUUUGUUUUAAUUAGAAUCUAAAAAUACAAACACAAGUGUAUAGAAGUUUUAAAGAUAGAAGGAAAAUGUAUUUUUGCUUAUUUUUUGGUCAAUUAUUUAUUAUGAACUCGACAUGUACACUUUUCUAGAUUUUUAUGGAACUGCAUAUCUUAUACUUUAAUGAUCAAAACAAUGAACCCAAUGAAUUCGUAUAUGUAAUUAAAAAUAAAUGAUGAGUCUUGUAUUAUAUUUGCAGUUUUGACUGAAUCUAAGAUAUAAUUCGUUAGGUGUAGGAUGUCGCGUUUUACACGCUGUAUGAUUCUGUGUUGUAUAUUAUUAUUGUGAAUAAAAAGAUCUCUGCCGUUUGUCAGAAAAUUUGUUGUGCAGUACAGAAAUCAAGUACAUUUCUUAUGUUAUUUCAGGACGAAUAGUUUUCUUCCCAUUUUGACAGAAUAGCAAAAAUCAUAAACGAUUUAGUCCUUCCAAAAGCACUUCUUACUAUAUAAUGUAAAUGUAUAAGUUUGUAAAUAAAAGAUUCCAACAAUACA